AAAUUAAAAAGAAAAAAAUUAAUCGAUCAAAUUAAAGCACAGAUCAGAUUGUUGAGAAGAUCAGAUCAGAUCGAAAAAAUGACAAAAUUGGUUGCAGUGUUUGUGGUAUGCAUGGUGGUCCUGUCCGUCGUGAACGACGGCGUUCCCAAGGCGGAAGCCGGCAGCGAGGCGCCAGCUGGCAGCCCGGCGGAAGCUGGCAGCCCGGCGGAAGCCGGCAGCCCGGCGGAAGCCGGCAGCGAGGCGGAAGCUGGCAGUCCGGCGGAAGCCGGCGAAGAAACCCAGCUGUACAAGGAUUGUUUCGCGGCGUGCACGAAGAAGGAGAGCUGCACGGAAAAAGGCACGAAAGAAGGCAUAGACAUGAAAGCGGGAGGCAGGAAAUACACCGACUGCGAGAUGCAGUGCGACACUGAGUGCGUUCGCAAGGAUACGGAGGAUAAAUUGAAAGACAUUCCAGGUUUAGCUGAUGAUUUGACUUAUAAGGGAAGAAGAUAGAUGAUGAUGAUGAUGAUGAUAGGCAUCCGGUCUGAGGUGAAUUGAAUAAUAAUGUAGUUAUUUAGUCGAAUAAAUUCUUUUUAUUUUUAUUU